AUGGAAAUAGAAAAAGAUAAGGGCUCUGGGCCCUAUCGCUACAUCAAAAUUCAUGUUUGCCAGGCUUCAUACGGAGACUGUCUGGCCCUCGAGUUUGACGACCAGGCAUCUAUCGCGCCAUCGUUGGGAAUACACCCCGUUGAAAGCACGACAAAAGACAAUGAUCAGGGCAAGCUCCUCGCACGAGAGAAGAAGGGGAAGUCGGCAAUGAGCAUUGAAAAAGGCAAGGAUACUACUAUGGAGGAGGAGAAGCAAGGAAAGAAGAAGGAUCCCAAGGUGAAACUUGUACAGGAUCCCAAAUUGGAGUCGUAUCGAGAAAAGGGCAAGACGCGCAAGGUUAUUCUCAUUGAUGGAGGUCCAGGCAAUUACCAAAUUCACGGAACAAGAGCUCCCCCAACGACACCGUUAGCUAACCUGUACGCCAUGCUCAAUACACUCCUUCCAGUAGGGAGUCCUAAUACGUUGGAUACCUUGGUGAUAACGCAUGAUGAUGCCGACCAUAUUAACGGUAUCCAUCAAGUGAUGAUGAGCAUGGCUGAUACGUCAGACAAGGGAAAUGCAGAGUUUAGCUUUGCUCGAGGCCUAGAAGCGCUUGAAAAGAACAAACCACCUUUCGAUAAAAUAUGGUAUAAUUCACCAACUCUUCUAUUCAAAGAUGAUGAGGCAAAAGGGUGGUUCGAUCGUGACAUGGAAGCCUUGCAAAAAGAAUGGAAAAAAAUCAAAAUGCCCCUAUGCAACGAAGAAUUUGGACUAAUCAAGGAUGAAAACCCUUCAUUCUGUAAAGUUAUUGGUGGAGAGGACGCCAAAACCUCAUUGUUCAAAGGGGCCACCAAACGGGGCCGUCUUCAGUUUGAAUUUUUGUCUCCAAACCACAAUCAGGUCCAUAACUUGAGACGAUUGUACCGCGAAGGGAAGAAAAAGCCAAAAACAUCAAAAGAAGACAAAGUUGAUGAGCCUGCAAAAAGUGGCAAAGCUUCAGGGAAGUCUAAAGAUUCUUCAAGAGGAGGCAAAAAUUCGACAGGAAGCAAAAAUUCAAGGGGGAGCCGAGGUUCAAAAGGUGGAACUGUUAGAACAUUAACAGAGGACGAUGAUACAGAGGAUGAAAAACCAAAGAAAGGCAAAGGCAAGGGCAAAGAAAGUAAAGCAGAAAAAGCCCAGAAGAAGAAGGCUCUUCAACAAUAUUUACAAGGUGUCGAGUAUAACGGACUACCUGCAGCAAUGGGCCGUGAUCCAAUCUAUUCGUCGACUGGUGUUGCUGAAGAGGUACACCUUAGCGAAGAGCAUAGAAAAUUGAUUGCUGAGAGCAUUACAGGAAACCCCAAUGAUUCAAGCCCGAAGAAUCAAUCUUCUCUUGUUUUCGUUGUCAAGGACGAUGCUUCCAAAUUCAGCGCUGCCUUCACAGGUGAUGGAAACGCAACGGCGUCGUUCUUGCAAAUCUGGGAUGGGAGGACUAUUCGCUACGAUGUUCUGAAAAUCAUGCACCAUGGGAGUCAGCACAACAAUUGUUGGAGUGCAUCCAAGGUCAACAGACGAAUCAAGACACUUGGAAAUAAGUUCGUGAAACAAGAGGCAUUUAUUGAAACAAACAAAGUUCAAUGGAAAAAAGUCCCUAAGAUUAGUGUCAAAGACAAACAGAUACAACCAACCAACUUUUUUCUAAAUGUUCUCGCAAAAAAGUAUAUUAUUUCUUCAGCUGCCACCGAGGGCCAUCGGAAUCCUCAUCUGAGCACAUUAGCUGGCAUAAUAACUCGCGCAAUCGUGCGCAAGGAGCCAGAUGGGAUUGACAUUUAUAUAACGUCUCAGGCUUUGACAGAGCAAAUUGAAGGAUUCAUACUCAAUUUCUGUGAACAGCCAACUGGCCUAGAAACUAAGCUUAAAGCUGCAUACAACGAAGAUGUUGUCAGAAUAGCCCUGGGGCUACAGUCUGAAGAAAGCGAGCCGAAGCUCUUCUGGGAUAAAGAUGGUUCUUAUUAUCGCAUAUGGCAGCUUAGGCCAAAUAUUGACCCAAAGUUUGGUACAAUUAUGCUCGAUCCUUGGGAGCAUGACUCAUCCUGCAAUCCUGCAUGGCAACGAGUAUCGUUCACGGAUUCAUUUUGGACACAAUUUCAUCAGCAGCAUUAUACCACUGGUGUCCGGCUAACUGUCGCGGCUGUUGCCCGAAGAGAUUCUGCGCAAAAGGGGGAGAAAGGGAAGAAGGAGAAGAAAGAAAAGGAAAAAAUUGGAAAACGGCAACACAUUAAGCCUCCAGUUGAACCUCCUAAAGGGAAACGUGGCAGGAAGAAACAUAAUACGGAAAGGAAUGCCUCUGAUGACGAGACCAUGGCUCUUCAAGCAGAUGAAUUCGUAUUUCCGGAUCUAAGCGUUUCCAACAGUCAGCUAUCCAUCAUGAAAACCUCGACGGAUCCGAGAAGUACCAAGAGCCAAAUAGAUAUCCAAUUGGACCAGGCAUUAAAGCAAGCAGUUGGAGCUGAAGGGCUAUUGUUCCCCGACACCUUUACUAGAUUUGAGAUAAAGGUUUUACAACUGAUCUCUGAAGGUCUCACUGCAUUCAAGCGGUCCAAAACAAAAGUCCUCAAAGGCAUCGAUGCUUUCAUAGACGAUUUGGCUUCCCGUGGAUGGCUUCUUCCUGACCAAGUCACUGGUCUAAGAACGGAAUACAUACACAACAAUCGACUGAUCUUCGGUGGUUUAAUAUCCAUCAUGUUGGAUACCAGCUUACAGAUUUCAUUCUUUAGUCUUCUCCCAAUCACAUUGGCAAGGAAAGCUCUAUUCACGACUUCUCCACAUUAUUGGCCAGUUUCCGACGACUUUGAAUUUACAAUUGACGACCAAUCAAUGCGAAGGGGAACCGACUAUAAUGUAUUCAAGUCCAUUUCUUUUGGAGUAAAGCCACUAGAACAAUACCAAAAGUGGAAUAUACCCUUCGGACUACCGAAUGGUGGUCGUGGAUUCUGGGAAGUCCAAGUGCUCAGCGAGCUACGAUUUGUCAUAUACCGUCCUUUUGAACUGGGUCGUCGAUAUAUCUAUGGGUGCUUUCUCGGAAAACUCUGCUCUGGUCAAGAUGCAAGCAACGUUAUUGUGGACUACCUAUGGUUUCCAGAUACAGAAUCAGGCGUCGAGUAUCAUAUCCGUUAUGCCAACAAUGAAUUUGUCGCGGAUGGCUACAAAAUGACGCUCAAGGAUCUUUGGAGUACUAUCCCGAGAGGAAUUACCACCAUUAAUGCUCUCGCAGCUUCAAUAAUGCUGCCUGGAAAGGACUCUUUCAUCAAAAUUGGUGACUACUUGAGCAUCCAUGACUGUGGUUUUGUGGUAGAAAAAACCUCGGCCAUCGUACAUGAUCUCCAGUUGAAAUCCAUUUUCGGGACGACUUCGUUCAACGAUGAGAAAUCUUUCAAGCCAUUCGGAGAUAUCAUCACUUUGAGAUUACCAACUUUCAGACUUCAAAUUGAAAAUCUCUUUUCCAUUUCGCCUCUCAAGGUAUUUGUUCGUAUUCAGGAGAUGCUUUCCAUUAAAGAUGUGUUGGUGCCGAUUGUAUUUGAAACCAGACGAAGCCGAGGAGGUGAUCGCACGAUUUACCAACUUUCCUACAUUGCUUCUGCUGGCCAAGGUUUAAAAGUAGCUCAGAUACUGGAGUGGCUUAGCGUUGGGAACAUAGAUUUCUCAGCUAUACCUGAACUUUCAGAGCUGAUAAAUUCAGUGCAGAUCCUAUCCUUCACCCUUGGAUGGCAUGGCGGUGUUUCUAACAAGUCCGAUAUCAAGUCUUUCUCUAGACGUCCAGACUUCAUUGAGAUUAGCAUCGAGAUUGGUCAACUGAAUCUCGUUCCAAACAUCUUAAAGGUUGAAAGAGCAAUCUUAGAAAUUCGUUUAGACCGCUCAAACUCCGGCUACGAUUUCUCAUUGACAAGUCAUGCCGGAAUCACGCUUGGACAGUGUGCGGUUGAACUUUUCAUCACCUACGGGGAUCGACAAGAAUGGUUUAAUGUGUACGGAGACGACGAUAUCCCUGGUCAUCUUAAACUCUCAUUGAACACUACGCACUCUGGAUCAUUAUCGCUUUCCAAUAUUUUGGGACACUUCAUGCCCAACAUCCAAUGUCUUCCUCCAGCAUUUCAGACCAUAUUAACAAAGACCGGCAUCACAAAAUUCAGGUUGGGUGUUGAGGAGGAUGACUCGGGGAAGAAUUCAAUCUCAAUGUUGGAUCUUGAAAUUGUUCUAGAAGAGGACGACAUCAAUGUUUUUGAAGGGCUCAGCAUUAGUAAACCGCAGUUUAACUUAUGCAUCACUCGUCCGAAUGAUGAAGAUCAGCGGAGCAUCAGUGCGUCCAUAAGCCUUAUGACGACCAUUGACGAUGAAGAUAUCAAAGCAACCAUCUGGCUUGACGCGGGGGAGGAUACCAUCGUCGGAGUGACACUCUUCCCGACUGGUGAUGCUAUUCAAUUGGGCGAUAUCAUCAGUUUCUUUGGACAAAAGCUGUCUGAAUCGUUAAACCUGCCCAUCCCCAAAGAACUCUCUUAUCUUGAAGAGAUCACAGCCGGUCCGAUUUAUCUCUCAUUCCGCAAAUCCAGUGAUGAAAGCUUUAAACUCGAUUCGCUUUUCAUUGCUGUCGAAGCAGAUCGUGAUUUUGUGCUUUGGGAUUCUCCCCUCGUGGAAUUCUCGAACAUCAAAUUUGUGGCAAACUAUAUUCGAGGGUCUGGCAUGCACGUUGGCUUUGGUAUUUCAUUGGCACUUGGAAGCUAUGAGUUGGCAGGAAGUCUUUCAUACGAUCAUGCGUACCAUGAUUUGGCCAAUGUAGACGAGCUACAAAAACUAGAUGGCACAUCCACCAAAGCGAUGACGGUGCGCACCGAAUUUAAAGGGGAGCUAUCCCUUCAUGAACUUCUUUUCAACCUUACUGGUGUCAAUAUCAAAGAAGUUCUGGGCCAUACACAACUAGAAAGCAUCACGAAAUAUACCGACAUCAGAAUAUACGCGGUGGAUCUCACGUUGUCGAAAACAUCAUCUACUUGGGCAAUAAAAUUGACAGCGGAUCUUGAAUGGCUCGCUUUCAACAGCAUCAGCUUGGAAGCAUUCCGAGCAAACUCUUGGGCCUUCAACUUGCGACUUGAGUGCAAAGAUGGGCCUCUCAAACUUCUCCCUGAUUCGUGGGCGUCUGAGAUUCAGGAAUAUGUCGACUUUGGCGACACACUCAUUUACUUCUUUUAUGGCCCGAUGAAAGACAGUCUCGGAAAGCAGCAAUUGACACUCAGUAAGAAUUCUUUGAGCAUGUUACAGACCAAAGGAGGAAUUGCCAUUACAACCAGCCUGAAAUUCAAAUCUAAGCUUGGCCUGCUCAAAGAGUGGUUGGAAAUGGAAGAUAUUCAAGUUUUUGGAGCCGCUGGGCCCGAAUUUUUUGUGUUGGGGGUUGAUUUAAAGAGAUUAACCUUAUUCGAAAACGAAAACAUUUCGAUUGUUGGUCGCUUCCUGUUAUCAUAUGUUGGGGGAGGCCUUUCAGUCGCCAUCGAAGGAGAUUUUGACCUGAAUCUGUCUGCCAUAUCCGAUACUAUCAUAUCUGGCACUGUCGAAGCCGGCAUUGACCUUUCAAAUGGUAGAUUGGCACUCGGACUCAAAACUCACCACAGUCUCAAAGAUCUUUGUAGAAUCAAAGGUCUUGAUUUGGAAGCUAUUGUUAUCAAGCUCUUGCUUGAUCCUGCAGCGGAAAUGAUGCCAACCCAGUUUGAUCUUCAUGGAGGUAUUAGAAUUGAAGAUCUCGAUAACGUUUCUGGCCAUCUUGCGGUUAGGUUCAUCGCCAAAGAUCCUAUGAAUUGUUAUAUUGAAGGCGAGAUCAAAAACCUCAAUCUCUUAAGUCUCCUCGGCAAAUUCGCAUCUGCACUUCGAUUGCCCCAAGAAGUUCAGUCCUUUUUGAACAACAACGGCAUCAACUUUCAAUAUCUCGCAAUCCAGCUAAUACCAAAGGAUAUGAUAGACAUAACCAAUGGAAAGAUGUUGAAAAGAAGAUUUUAUUUUGAAGGAGCAUUGUCAAUAGUCAUAAACGGCAGUCCUAUUUGGGCCGGAUACACCCUAAUCGAUAUCAAUGAUUCUGGCUUUGACAUUAUCGCAUUGAUGGAGCCGAUUCAACUAGUCCAUGAGGAUGUAUUCAGUCUGAAACGGUUCCAUGACCCAGGUAAAGCCCAAUACAAAUUGGAGCUGCCAAACGUGAAUCGGGACUAUCUUACUCCACGCAUGCUCAACGAAGGACCCGUUCUGAAAUUUGCAUCAAAAGGACCAGACCCGGUUUUCGUUUCUGCGCAGCUCACUUUUCUCGGUACACAUCAUAAGCUGUUUGCUGUUGCGAAAGAGAACAGCUUCUUCGCGACUUUCAAAACUGAAGUUCUUAUCGGAAGCUUUGAGUUGAGCGUCAAUUGUGUACUGAAUUCAUAUAUUGAUGUCAUUGCUAGCCUCACGCUCGAUCUUGGUGAACAAUUUCUCCAGAUCGCGGCGGCCGUGGGCGCGCUGGAAGGAGUAUCAGGGUCAGAAACGUUUAAACGACAGUCUGAAACGAGCACUUCUGUUCGUUUCUCAGGGAAUCUGAAGAUUGGGAUAGCAUGGGCUUCUGGAAAAGAUCCUCUUUCUAUUGAAUUAUCUGGAAGGGCUCGCAUUUUUGAUCGUGAUUGGGAGCUUGGUAUCAUAAGUGUGAGAAUCACCGAAGACGAUCUGCGCACCCUGAAAACAUUGGCCAGUCGACUUUGGGAGUACAUAAAAGAUCAAUUCAGUAACCUUGUCAUGACCUGGAUCCGUGCGGUCGAAACUGCAGUCAAAACAGCCAUCACAUUCAUCGAAGACAACUGGAAACUAGCCGAGCAAGAGCUGGCAAGACUUGUUGCCGAUUUGAAGGAUCUCCCUGUCGCGAGCGUCGUUGAGUCUGUGUUAAGAGAGUUGCAAACGACCUACGAGGACGCAAAAAAGGUCUAUGAGGAGCUGGAUUUCCCACCUUUCAUGGCAAUUAAAUUACUAAUUCGCAUCUACGGCGAAAACCCACCACCCGACCAAAGACCGUUUGAUCUACCUGAUGUGCCAGCAGGCCUUCUGGACCUACCCAGGCCUGCAAGGCCAGGAGGCCCGAUUGGAAUUCCCAUACCCUUAGACUUGCUCCACGGGCUUCCUGGAUUUGAUAAGCCACUAGAGAAGCCUACACCCGCCCCGGAGCCAGCGCCGAGUCCUACGAUACCAACUACAAACCCCUUUGCAGAGAUUCCUAUUAGACUUCCAUUUGGUGGCUCGAAACAUGAGUCUGGAAAUUUCCUUACAGGCUUCCCUAACGUAUCUAUUGACUCAAAUGAUGUUUCUGAAGAUGUCUUGACUGCUCUCGAAGCUGAAGCCGACUCAAUGUCCCUAGAAGCGGUACCCGAAGAUUCUCAUACUCGUUUAGAUCAGGGCUCCAAAGCACCCGUCAAUGCCGACAUGCAAGGAAUUGAUAGCAAACAGCUACGCGACAUAGUUGUGGCUCGAUUGCCAACCUGGUACACUAAUGAGAUUGAGCAAUACCUGGAAUCUACAUCUAAUUCAACUUCGAGUCAUACGGAUGCAGCGCCUGUGCACGAAGUGAUCCGCCAGAUCGCCAGCUUUGAUGAAGAGGAGGUUAUCAAUAUUGCCAAAAACUUGCGACUUGCCGGGUUUUCUGAUGCAGAUAUUCAGAAAGCUUAUAAAGACUCGUUUGGUCAGGAUAUGCUGCCUCAGGUACUUGCACGUGUUUGA